CGGUCCUGGUUCUGCUCCCGGGCCCGGUUCUGCUCUCGGUCCCGGUCCCGGUCCCGGUUCUGCUCCCGGUCCCGCUCCCGGUGGCCCCGGAGUGUCUCUCGUGCCACUCGGUGUCCCCAAGGUGCCACUCGCUGUCCCCUCGCCAUGAGCGCCGAGACGUUGGUCAAGGACGUCAAACCCGGCCUCAAGAACCUCAACCUCAUCUUCAUCGUGCUGGAGACCGGCCGGGUGACCAAGACCAAGGACGGCCACGAGGUUCGGACGUGCAAAGUGGCCGACAAGAGCGGCAGCAUCAACAUCUCCGUGUGGGACGAUGUGGGCAACCUCAUCCAGCCUGGGGACAUCAUCCGCCUCACCAAGGGCUACGCCUCCGUCUUCAAGGGCUGCCUGACGCUCUACACCGGCCGUGGUGGUGACCUGCAGAAAAUCGGCGAGUUCUGCAUGGUUUACUCCGAGGUGCCCAACUUCAGCGAGCCCAACCCCGAGUACGUGGCACAGCAGGCGCAGGGCAAAGGGGCCCCUCCCGAGAGUUCGGCCCCGGCAGCUCCGCAGCCCCCCCCGGGCCCCCCCGCCGCCUCCCCAGCCCCCGAGAGCCAGAACGGGAACGGGCUGAGCCCGGGGGUCCCCCCCGCGCACCCCCCGAGCGGCCGCAUCACCCGCAGCCAGCCCGGCCCGGUCAGCAACGGCAAAGAGACGCGGCGGAGCGGCAAGAGAUAACGGGGACCCCCCCGGUACCGCCCCGGAAACCCCCGGGGCCACCCCGGUACCGCCACCGACCGGGGGGGUCCCGGUUCCCCGAGCCCGCAGCGGGGAGGGGGUACCCGGUGUCCUCCCCGCCCCACCGGGGCUGCGGCCCCCCGGCUGCGGAACCCCCCCGGUACCUCCCGGUGUCCCCCCCGGUCCUGCCAUCAACCGGGAGGGGUCCCGGUUCACCGAUCCCGCAGCAGGGAGGGGGUGCCCGGUGUCCUCCCCACCCCACCGGGGCUGGCCCGGACCCCCCCUCCGGUGCUCGGGGGUCCCGGGGGGCACCCCCCGCGCACCCCCCGGCCGCGGAACCCCCCCAGAAUCCCACCGGAGCCCCCCCGGUACUGCCACCGACUGGGGGGGGUUCCCGGAUCCCCGAUCCCGCAGCGGGGAGGGGGUGCCCGGUGUCCUCCGCACCCCACCGGGGCUGGGGCCCCCCGGCUGCGGAACCCCCCCGGUACCUCCCGGUACCUCCCGGUGCCCCCCGGUACCUCCCGGAAUCCCCCCCGGUACCGCCAUCAACCGGGGGGGUUCCCGGUUCCCCGAUCCCGCAGCGGGAAGGGGGUGCCCGGUGUCCUCCCCACCCCACCGGGGCUGGCCCGGAGUCCCCCUCCGGUGCUCGGGGGUCCCGGGGGGGUCCCGCCGGUGCCCCCCGCCCCCGGUGUCGGUGGGGAGGGGUUAAUAAAGACCUGAGCUCUG